GUCGUUACUAUUUAUGAGAAGAAGCGUCGCCAUAGUAGGAUCUGCUGUUCAUUCAUAGAUGGCAACAAUGUAUGUAUCUGCUGCUUCGUGAAGAGGAGGAUGUGUGUCGUGACUGACGGUCAGUACUUAACAGAAGUUCAGGAACUCGAGUCGCAGUUUUCUUUCUGAAAUGAAGCUGAAGAAGAAACAAAACUCCUCUAAUGACUUACUAUGAGAAAGUUUGCGUCGCUUUUAAGGAAAGCUGUAUUUAUCAGAGAUGAUUACCACUGUGUUACCAACUGUGCCCUCCACGAGCUCACCAGUGGACCCGAGGACAAUCUACGUGGGUGCAUUCUGUUGCGUGGCAUUUUUUCUGAUGAUUGUGGUGUUGCUGUUUACUGUGUUUCGGAAGAUUCCUCCCUGCUGCAAAAAGAGGGUUUAUCAGGAAUCUCGUACUGACAUGGAAGCCCCACCGCAGUACUACAACAGCAGACAGACUCUCGUGGGUUCUUCUGAUAUGGAGCAAACGCGUGACACAGGUCAUGAUAAUAUGAGCGCACAGACAGGGUCUUUGUUCCUCAUCGGUGUGCCCAGCAGCUACUAUCUUUCCUCGCUGGAGCCUCCUCUUCCUCGUCUGCCCUCUUACGAGAGCGUACGCAAGAAAGACAGACAACGGCAGAUUCACAUGAUGAUAGCCGAUCGCUUCGGACUGAACUCAUCCGGUGAACCUGAGCCACCUCCGACGUACGAGGAGAGCAUUCGUCAGUCUGUCCAGUCCAUCGAUGUUCCCAUUGACAUCCUGGCACCUGACGAGCCCCCACACACUUCACCUCCAGCCUCUGAGUCCUGCACAGAUCUCCCUUCAUAUGAAGAGCACAUGACAGACUCACAAAAUCCCAGCGGCACUCUUAAUUAAAACACAACUCAUGGGAAUAUGUGGAAAUAAAACAUGAAAUCUACUGUGAGUGAAAACUGAGCUGCUGUGGGGUCGCCCUGAUGGCCACUCUAACUUUAUACAAAACACUGAACAUUAAGACAAAUGUGGAUGUUUAUUUGCUGUGCUUGCAAAAGACAGCAAAAGUAGGACAUGUUGUCUUACCUAUGCAAUAUCUUGCACUGCCUAGUGCACAAGCAGAAGAGACAGAUCACUACUGGAAAAGGGAAAGCGAAAAAGUAGAGCAUGUUGGAUUUGACUGUUAAAGGCAACAUGGUCCCAUUAUAAUGACUAAGAACAAGAACAAAAUGAUGUUCAUCCGAAUAUAAAAAUUUUUUUAUUUUUUUUAUCCAUUGAUCCAACAACACUCCAACCAUCUUUGAGCUGUGAUGCCAUUGAGUUCCCACACUUUAAAGACAAGAUCUAAGCAAAACCUGAAUUUGGAGUUUAUUAUACAUUUUGUAAUUAUAAAUUGUACGAUUUAACAUAUUUUUUAAAUAGAUAACUUUUACGGUCCUGGAAAUCUUAACAGGAACUUAUGUUGAAAAGUUUUUACAUUAUUUUGAGAAAUGUUUGAAUUCACGUCUGCACAAUAAGAUCAGGGCAUUCAAUGAUGUAAAAGGGUUCAGAUUUGAUUCAAUGUUGUGUUUUGCAGAGAUGGCAGGUUCAUCUCACACCAAAGUAGCAAUCGUUGUACUGUUUGUCUUGCACAAAAAUGGGAUUAGAAGCCAUUUGGGCAUUACAGGGAAAUUUCCUUUCCUUUUUUGCAAGAACUGAUCUAAGAUUUCACUGUUUUAUCAUAAGUAAUAAUUUUGUGCUUUUUAUAUUCAUAUGAAUGUGUUAUAUUCAUUUUUCUGAAUUUGUUUUUGUAAAUAAAAUAAGUGUGAUCGUUAUUUUAGGCAAUAAGAAAGUUUCAUUUUAAUUUCAACCAACUAUUUGAUUUUAUCAUUGUCUAUUCUCUAUUUUAUUUUUGUAAGGUUCAGUGGGCGGAUCUAUCAAUCACAGGGGGGCGUGUCAAACUCAUAAACAGUGGGUGUUUCUCAAACGUGGAGGAUGCGCUCACUAUUAUAGUAGGCUACUUCUGACAGUUCAAGGUUAAAGUCCUCCACAACUAUAAAUGCAGGAAUGAGACGGUCUAAUAAGUGUACAUUGCAACUUCAUAAAGGUUCCCACCCCUGUGUUCUUGUCAUGGCAACUUUAAGUUGAAGAUAAUGCAAUGUAUCACCACUAAAAGUUAUUACAACUCUCCAUAAAUUCAGUACAGUGAAUGAGAAUCAUAUAUCAACCGUUUGUGCUCUCCCAGUUCUAUACAGAAUUUGCAGUUUAACUUUGUGAUCAAUUUACAACAAAAUCAAGGCAAACAUGAAUGUCUUUGUGCGUAAAACAUGCUUUUGUCUUACAUUUCAUACUGAAAUGACGUGCCCACUCAUUUCCUACCAAUGUUUUAGAAUGAAAUUGGGUGACAAAAGUGCCAAUUUGAUGUUUUUUGAAUACGUGCAAAUGAUUAGCGAUUUGAGGUCAUGAAGGAAGUUCCUACAUCCUUAAAAAGUGUCUGAAUAAAGGGCAUAAAACAGAAGCAACUUUGAAUUGAAAUGGCCUUUGAUGAUACAUGAUGACAUGGCAGCCUUCAUAGGACGCAUCCUCGCAUUUGAGAAACACCCCUCACUGAGCUUAAUUAGCAUAUCUGUCAUCCAAUGGCCGAUGUGUAAACAAUCCAAGACCCACUGUAGCAAAACUGCAUUACAAGACAUGUUAGUAUAUUCUGACGCCAUGCAUUUCAA